AUGUCCAUAAAGAAUUUUGAAUCUAUCCACACCUACGAUCAACAUGGAGAAAAUGAUGGCAACUCAAGGGCAUCAAGGAAGUUCAUUGCUAGACAAAUACAAGUUGUUUUGAAGGUUAUGCCAGAUCUUCGUGCAAUUGAUAUUAAGAACGACAUGCUCUCUAAUUUUGGCAUCAAAAUUAACUACAGUUGGGGCAAGGAGACAGCUCAACAGGAACUGUUUGGUGACGAUGAUGAGGCUUACGAUUCACUAAGAUGGUAUGAAUCCAUGGUGUAUGCAACUAAUCCAUGGAGUUGUGUUGUUAUUGAUGCUGAUGACGGGAGGUUCAGGCGAUUGUUCAUUAGUUAUAAUGCCUGUAUUGAAGGGUUCAUUACUGGGUGCAUGCCUCUAUUGUUUUUGGAUGAAACAUUUAUUAAAAAUCGCUACAGAGGCAUACUACUUAGUGCCACUGGGUAUGACGGCAACUGGGGAAUAUUUCCCCUUGCUUAUUGCGUAUGCGACCAGGAGAAUGAGGUUAACUGGAAAUGGUUCUUACAAGGAUUGUGGACGUUACUGUAUGAUAGGAAAAAUCCUUACCAACCUCUACGUCGACUGAUAAUGAUUUCUGACGCUGACAAGGGUAUUAGGGCAACAGUCAAGGAAUUCUUUCCAGAUGCAUUCCAUUCAAGGUGUGUUCUGCAUCUAGUUGAGAAUUUUAAAAAGAAUAUGAAGAAUUUUGGGCACAAGGCUUACGUCACUGCAAUGGAAUACUCCCCGGAAAGAUGGGCAAACAAGUAUUUUCCUGGUAUAAGGUAUUGCCAUGUUACUUCAAACAUUACCGAGUCCUUCAACAGCUAG